UCAGAUCUGAAGCACAACAAGCAUUAAGCAUGCCACGUAUUGAAAAUACGCACAUACACACAGUGUCCUGGUAAAGCGUGCAAACCUGCACCGUACUGCCGAUCACAGAGUGAAUCGUGAAUUCUCUGGUACAUGACGUGAGAUGUGGAUUGUAACUUCUGUCCAUGGUUACCUUAAUUAAACUACAGUAACGCUUUAUGAGAAAGACUGUGAUUCGGCCGACGUUUUUGGAGUGGAGCUUUAGGCAGAAAGGGGAAUUUUGUGGACUUCACCAAGUUUCAGUUUGUCGCUGGCGUCAACAGGAAAUCGAUCGAACAUGUGUGUCGCAUUGAGUGUCAGUAGACCAAGGCCUGGUUAGGCAGGAACUGCAUUGUACUGUCACACCGCACCCCACCGGUAACGCCAGCGUUCAUUUGAACUUCUCUUUGAUUCUGGCACAGUAUCCGUAGUCUUCUCUGUUGAGUGUACAUUUACAUUUCCUUCAAGUAUGUGAACACGUGUGUAAGGGCUUUUACGACCACGCUGUUGCUAGGUUAUAAACCAUGUAAAAGCAUCAGUUACAUGGAAAUUGAUCAAGCCACCAGUGAAUACGUCCACGGAUGUCUUGCCUCAGCUGGAAAGCCAUGCAGGUGAUAUUUCUCAAGGUCCUGAGUUCAUCAGCGGCCAUCGUGGCCACCUUUAUGACUCUGAGUACAUUACUGAUGAUGAAUCUCUUGAACAGUAAACCGCACCAUCUCAAUAACCAUGAUAACACUGAGAGAAGUAGCCGUUAUUCACUUAGUCCUGGCCGGCAGAUCAUGACUGUUCCUCACUUGGAGAAAAGCACACUGAGUGAUUUUGAUUCCUUGACGAGAACUGUCUGGAAUCCACGUGAUUAUCGAGAUGUCAAUGUGCCUUCGCCAGCUUGCAUGCUAAACUUGCCUCUUUUGAUUUUAGUCACAUCUUCCCCAGAGCACUAUGACAGACGGAAGGCAAUCAGGGAGACGUGGGCACGUGAUUGGUUGGAUCCCCAAAACACUGAAUGGAGAACAAUUUUCUUGAUUGGUCAGACUUUAAAUAAUCCAUCUCUGAAUAAAUCGCUGGAAAGAGAGAGUGUCGUGCACGGUGACAUUCUAAUGGGAAAUUAUUUAGACACUUACAGGAACCUGACGUUAAAAGUUCAACAUGGAAUGAGCUGGGCGCAAGAAACUUGCCAGCCACAAUACUUGCUCAAAACAGAUGAUGACUGUUUUGUUAACUCAAGGAUGUUUACAAACUUUCUGAAAACCAGCAACAAACAGCAGACAAAGCUUUAUGCCGGUUUUCCCAUUAGUAAUCUUGAGGUUGUGCGGGAUCCCAAAAGUCGAUGGUAUGUUUCCCGUGAGACUUACCGGCCGUCGCAGUUUGUACCCUAUGCCAGUGGGACUGGUUAUGUGUUGUCGAAGGAUGUUCUCCAAGCUAUGGUCAGCACUGCUCGUUAUGUACAACCGUUCGCAGCUGAGGAUGCCUACACCGGCUUACUGGCAAGUUACACAGAUAUUCCACUCCUGGAUUCAGCUCGGUUUGCCCUUAAUAAUGUCAACUGGCGUCUCUGCAACUAUUUAUUUCUUCUUGUCGUACAUGAUGUGACUCCUGACCAGCAAGUUGUUGGUUUACGAAAUUCAAUUGAGUCCCAUACCAGGUGUAAUGGUCAGGCAGAGGCAACAGAUUGGAAUUGAUUUGCAGUUUGCUGUAACAGAAUCAAUCUAUAACUUCCUAGAAAAUGACUUCAUUGUGAUACAUUGAAAGCUUCCAAAGCCAAUUUCAAACUGGAAUGUUAAAUGUUGAGAGAUACCAUUGCUGAAUGACUGAAAUAUUCAAUGAAAUAUUUCUUAAAAUUAUCCAACAGUUGAAGUUAAGAGUUGCAUUCAUAUUUGGGGAGAUAUCCAGUCAACAACAUUUUAAAUCACACAAUGUCAGAAGAUUGAUGGUAGUGGAAUAUUUGUUGCAAAAGUGAUUUAUGAACCCCAAAUAUGAAAGCGAUGAUAUUUGAAUAUGUUAACAUAAACAGCUGAUAAUGUCCUCAACGUUUCUGAUUAUUGAAAAUGUAAUAGACCAUUAUUUGUUUUAUGUCAUUUCAUUUCCUGCAAAAUAAACAAUAACACUACAUGUACAUUUAUAAAGAAAAACAGCAGACCCUUGUGUCCGGUCAGUACAAGAAAAUAUUUGGCCAAGAACUGUCACAGUUUUACAAACUAUUAUGAAAUUGAUUGACUUGUAAAAUAAUCACUUGUGAUAUAUUUGUGUGAUGCAACAGAAUAAUGAACCAGGUUUUUUUGUGAUUGUACAUAUACAAGUAAAGUUUAUGCAUUUCUCGGUCACAAGCCGGAAAACAAUUUGUUUCAAAUAAAAUCGCUGUGAAUAAGAAGAGAAGUAAUCGUAGGCAAAAGAUUUGUUUGGAAAGUACAGGCUGACUAAACUAGUUAUUUCCUCUGGUUUUGUAAUUGCCUUACAAAUAUCAAUGCAAUAUUGCCAAGUCAAUGCAAAGUUGGAGUCACUUGUUGAAGUGGAUCUCUGGGAUGGCAUUUUUGAGGUUUCCCUCCAAAGAAAGUUUCAGUAAAGUAAUGCAGCUGUAUCCUGAGCCUAUAGACUACUUUAUAGGUUUUGAUGUACAUUUGCCUUCACAUUAACGUGAAAAGUGAUUGUAAUAUUUAAUUAUUUUUAGUUACUGUAUCAUCUGGCCUAUCAGUUAAGUCCUUUUCAGAGUUUAUGGUUUUAACGUCACAUUUUUGCAUUAGAAUUACUCUAUUCCUUGAUUUUCUUGUUUUUAUUCAAUAUUUGGUCACUUAACCUGAUGACAUUGGAUGAAUUGAGUUGGUAAAAGAAAUUGUUUUAAAUGUUUGCUUUGCUCCUUUGUCAUCUGGUUUAGCAGCAUAGUCAUUGUGCAUUCAGCCGUGCACUUGAUAUCUAUUUUGUCUCCAAACCAGAAAUGAUGUUCAGUGCCAUCCCCUGUUUUUCUAUCAAAAUUCGCAAAACCAACAGCUUUUUUCUCAAUGCUUAAUUAAAUUUUCAAUAGCUGUUGGCUUGUGGUCUUGAACUUGAACAUGUCGUUGCAGCCUAGUCCCCUCUUUAACUUUGUGUUGACAAACACUACCAGGAUAUUUUCAUUUCGUCGAGGAUUUGCAGGUAAAGCUCUCGGCACUCUCUGGUGUAUGGAAACUGCUUACAAUACCUUCCGUGAACUCUUUAGUAGUUCAACCUCUCGUUAACUGUAUCAGAUGUAAUAUGGCACACCAAAUCUUGCAGGUAUAAUGUAGUUGAGUUUUUACUAAGAAAUGUGGAAGCACAAACAAUGCAGUAACAAUGCAGUUUACAUCUAGGGGGGGCCUAUAGUGUACUUAUUCCCGUAGGAUAUUUAUUAUCCCAACUACUAUUGUAAUUGUGCUCCCAAAUUUUGUCUCCAUUGAAAACCUUUUAAAUUUGCAGAUGGCUACGUGGAUUCAGGCAAAUUCCAAAUGUUCUCGUUUUCCUGUACCACGUUGGGUUUUGUAAAUUUGGGAAGAGUUCCAGUCCCCACCCCCCUUAAAACAUACAGUUCGUGCAGUAGAUGUACAAAUGUACAUUUGACAGGUCACAGGGUAUAUUGGAGAAUUAAUUUAUCAUCUUUGAAAAAAUACACUAUAUAUCAUGAACAUUUCAACUUCAUGUUUGAAGUAAAAUGUCGAGAUGGUAAAUCUAUUUUUAGAAUUCUCUGAAGUGUAACUUAUUCUCUGCUAGUAUUCUGUUUUAUGGUUGCGUGUUCCUGAUGGAGGAAGUGGAACCAGAUAUAAUUUUGUAAAUUGUGAAAUGGUGAAUUUUACGUGUAUGUACAUGUAUUUAACAACUUGUUGCAUGAUUAAUGUUACAUAAGAAAUUCAGAAGUCUUAAUUGUAAUUGUUUGGAAACAAGAUUUAUAAUACUGUACCCGAUGGUGCGAGGUAUGUCUCCUGAAUUUCAAAUAAACUUCCAAGGUAUAGUGGUUAAUUUGAAGCGAAGAAAGA